AUGCAUGAAUGUGUGGUUGUGUGUGUGAAUGUGACUGUGACUGUGACUGUUCGUCGUGGGCUCACAAUGCUGCCGGAUUGUGUGCACGACUGUCGUGAGGCCCAGUUCGGCACAUCCGGGCUACCAUCAAUCAUUGCCGAUUUCUCUAUAUCCAUGACUUUCGUGUCGGCCGGACGUCACGAGGUCGGUACACAAAGGACAAGUGAAUCAGAACGUCAGAUUUCCGUCCGAGUGUGCUCCUGA